CGGCAACUUUCACUUUCAAGAUCAACACGCUAUUUGACGCGAUUGCACGGCUUACUACACACAGCAGGCGACACACAAAAAACGUACAAAAGACAGUGUGUCGCAUAUAUUUGUUCGCAAAAGUGCUCAUGCUGAAAGCAUCUCACUUCUCUCCUCCUCAAAUUGUCGUUUUAUUUAAAUUAAUAUCUACAGCACAACAUGACUCAGUCUGAUGCAGUACGAGAGAGGAAGUCAAAGAGUAAAGGGAAAUCAAGAAAAUCCCGAGAUGAGAAGCCAGAGGAGGAAAAUGACAAAGCUGAAGGGGGAAGGAAACCUGAUGUUGACUGCGAUGAGAACUCUGUAGGAAAUGACAAGUCCAGCACUGAACCAACAGAACAGCGGAAAAGUAAGAGGCAAAGGAAUAAAGGAAAGGGAAAUGGUGAGAAGGAGUCCUAUACACUCCUGUCUGCUGCCUGCGGAAAAUUGAAGUACGUCUUUUUGAUUAUAUUUGUCCCACCGUUCCUCAACUACGCAUCUCUUCAGCGAGAAACUGUGGAGUUGAGACCCCCAGGGGAGCUUUAUGACAUCGGCUGGGGUCAGAAGCUCUUCCUGUCUUGUCAGGGUCAAGGCCCGCCCACAGUUGUCCUUGACGCACCCACAGGCAUGAGCUCCGACGUGUGGACUGCCGUCGUGGAGAAACUGUCGCAGCACGCUAAUGUCUGUGUGUACGACAGAGCCGGGAUCGGUUUCAGUGAACGACCUAUCAAUCGCUCGGGGACAACGGCCAAAACAGAAGACUCUCCUCAGUUCACGCAGAGUCACGAUGCAGACAGGUGGCAGCCCUUUACCGUAGAAAGAAUGGUGGAUGAUCUGAGCCAUCUAAUUUCUUCGAGCAGCCAACAGCCCAAGCCGUUGAUUCUGGUAGGGGCCGAGCUGGGAGCCGUCGUAGCCCAGUUUUUUGCCCACAUUUACGAGGCGGACACUCUGGGGCUGGUUCUCGUCAACCCGCUGCCUGACGGAAUAUUUGAGCAGACGGACGGAGCAUGGUCUCAUCAUUGGUUCAACAGCGUGAGCCCCACCUAUCAGACCUUUCAGCUCGGAGCUGCCUUAGGGUUCACGCGACUCGGUCUUCUCAUUGGUGCUCUCAACCAGCCUAUCACAGGACAGUACGUUCCAGAGGAGGUGAUUAUUAGACAGAAACACCUGCUGUGCCACCCACGCCACCUGAGCUCCGUCGUGGACGAGCAUUACUUCAUCAAUGAGACCUUGUCGCAGCUACGCACCUUGAGGAUGGUCAAACCCCUGGCCAAUAACAUCUCUGUCUCAAUACUCACCGGGAAUUAUUACGAUGAGCAAAUGCCUGCUCAUUUAAAUAAGGCCUGGGCGCGGGCGGAGCAGCUCCUGUUGUCCAAGUACUUCCCUCACGCACAACACCUGGUGGUCAACGGAGCUGACCGUCACAUUAUGUACAGAAAACCUGAGCCAAUUAUUGAGGCAGUGACCAGACUGAUACGGCGAUGGAAGAAAUCACAAACUUUGAAAGGCAGCAAAAGCUCAUAGUUUUAGCUAGUAAUUGGUUUUUUUUUGUGUGUUCAUAUGGAUGCAAAAGCUCAUUAUUCAUAAUAGGUGUAUGUACGUUGUAUGUCCCUUUGUCUGUGUGUUUUCAUCAUGGGAAAGUUCACAGUUGUAGUUUGUGUGUGUGUGUGUGUGCGUGUGCAUGUGUCAUUUUCUGUUGUUAGUGAGUGAGUGUGAGUGUGUUUGUGUGUGCCUGUGUCUUUUUCUGUUGUUAGUGAGUGUGUGUGUGUGUGUGUGUAUUACAACACAUUGGAGUGUGGUUAUAUGGCAAAUUUGGAAUUUUAUUUUUAUCUCAUGAGAAUUAAAAAGUCAUGUUUGCUCUAAA